AGUGACGACAUCGCUUCAACAUUAUACUGGUUUAGACACUGAUAACGAAAGUUCGACAAUGUUCUGCUGUGUGCAACGACAAGUGUCUCUGGAGGAGGUGGUGAGUCGACCCCGCAAGAAGCUGGUGAUCGUGGGGGACGGGGAGUGCGGCAAGACCUGCCUCCUGUACCGCUUUGCUAAAGACGAAUUCGACGAGAAGAUUUACAUCCCCACUGUGUUUGAGGUGGAUGUCACAACAGUUCAUCACAACAACUCCGAGGUGGAGCUGGUGCUGUACGACACAGCAGGACAGGAAGACUACGACCGACUGCGGCCCUUCUCCUACCCCGACACCGACAUCGUUCUCAUCUGCUUCUCCGUCAACAACCCCGACAGCCUGGAGAACGUCUCCUACAACUGGGCUCCCGAGAUCCGACACUUCUGUGGCAAUGUGCCCGUGCUGCUGGUGGGGACAAAACACGACCUGAGAGCCGAGACGACCGACAAAGACUCCGUGGACUCCACCAAGUCCAAGUCCAAGUCCAAGUCCGCGUUCACCACAGUCCAGCAGGGGGAGGAGAUGGCGUACCGGAUAGGCGCCGUGGCGUACAUCGAGUGUUCGGCCAAACUGAACGAGGGGGUGACGGAAGUGUUCACCAGAGCUGUCGCUGAAGCUAUGAAAAAGAAGAAGAAGAAGACUAAAAUUGGCUCGAAGGGAUGUCCUUUCUUUCCAGUUCGAUGACUGAAUGGAUUUGUGCUGAUUUCUAGUCAAUACAUUUACUGACAAUACCAAAUAAAAAUGAACAGUGUUCAUGUGUUCCAGGUGGCUUAGCCUUGUGAUCAAAGUGUUCGCCUGUCAAAUCAAAGGCCCGUUUUCGCUUACCAAAGGUGGUAAGCUUCGUGAAGACAAUUUUGGGUGUCUCCGAUGGAUAUUGCCUGCCGAAAAACGGACAAACUCACCCACUCACCCACUCCCCUGUUCAAUAUUCAGGACGGAGUUCAAUUUGCAAAGUAUGGCAUCGUGAACAUAUCCAAUGAUACAUAUCUACAGACUUGCCACAAACACUGACGUUUGAUACUGAGGAGAGAAUGAAGAAGAAAGUUGGUACAUCAUUGAUGACAUCGUGCUACAAAUAGAAUGAGCUUCAUCUGUGGAUGCCCCAUCGACUUGAUUUAGCGAGAGUAACACGCAUUUCAAGUGUAUACUAUGGACAGGAGUAUACGCUUCCUCCAACAAGAUGUUAAAGGUCAUACAUAGUUACAUACAGUGUGUCAUGUUCGCCAUUGUUUGUAGGGGCAUCGGGUGGCCUAGUGGUUAAAGUGUUUGCCGGAGCGAAGGCCCGGUUCCGAUCCAACUCUUAAAACACCCUUCUUUGGUAUGCAGCAUUUCUUUUUAAGACAUUCCAAAUGGCAAUAAUCAGAUUACCAUUAAUGCGUCCAGUGACGUUUUGAUGCUAUGUUAAUGGCAGUACAUGUACAUUUUUAUUUAAGAAUAAUCAAAACACCAUUAAAGAUUCUCAGGACAAGAUGUGACGUGACAUUUCCCUGAAGUCUUUCAUCGUGGUUGUAUGUAUGUUAUAAAGUAUCUGUGAUAGUGUGCAUGUGACUUAUGUACGGUUUGAUGUGUAUUCGUCCAUCUCUGUAAUG